AUGGCUUCGUCACACGGCCAUCUGGCGCAUCUGCUGCCCCUCAACUACAAACGUUUCAUUGCAGAUUGGCUCGAGGAGGACUGUCCCAGCUUUGACUACGGCGGGUUUGUCGUUGGCGAGUCGGAGGGGGAGGCCAAUCUACUAGGCAAAAGCAAGGGUGUUGUUGCCGGUGUACCGUUUUUCAACGAAGUCUUUUCCCAACUAGGAUGCACGGUGCAAUGGCACGUCCACGAAGGCCAACCCAUCGAGCCCAUCACAAAAUGCGCUACAGUGCGAGGCCCAAUCCGCAAGAUUCUUCUUGGUGAGAGGGUGUCACUGAACAUCCUCGCUCGCUGCUCGGGCAUUGCCACCAAGACCAACGCCCUCGUCCAGGCCCUGCGCACUCAUGGCUGGAACGGCACGCUGGCCGGCACGCGCAAGACGACGCCGGGCUUCCGCAUCGUCGAAAAAUACGGCAUUCUCGUCGGCGGCGCAGAUCCGCACAGGCACGAUCUCAGCUCCAUGACCAUGCUCAAGGACAAUCACGUCUGGGCCUGUGCCAACAACAAAGCUGCCGGAAACAACAACAGUCCAGACUCCAUCGCAGCAGCAAUCCCGCUCGCCGUCCACGCCGCCAAAGCCGCGGGCGGAUUCUCCACAAAAGUCGAAGUCGAAGUACGCAGUAUCGACGAAGCCAAUGCCGCCAUUGGCGCAGGCGCAGAUGUCAUCAUGCUCGACAAUUUCUCGGCAGAGGAAGUAGGCGUUGCUGCAAAGAAACUCAAGACGGAAUGGGCAGCCAAGGGGAAACCAAGCGGCAGUUUUUUGAUAGAGGUGAGUGGCGGCUUGACGGAGCAUAAUGCGCCGGCUCAUGUCUGUGAGGACGUGGAUAUUUUGUCGACGAGUUCGAUUCACCAGGGGACACCGAUUGUGGAUUUUUCACUCAAGGUUUCGUUGCGAUGA